GGCGGGACCGGUCGUCGGUCGCACGCCCGACCCGCCGACCUUACGUACCGUUCACUACGCACCUCGGUUCUCGUGCUAAAACUAAGUGCAUCUCACAAAAUGCUUUAGACAAAACCUAUACAGUUUUACGACGACGGACAAUUUUGUUGUGUGCCUGAUAUGCUGUGUGGUUCUGAUGUGUGUGAUACGUUGUGGAUAAAUGCAUCUUCAUUUUUUUACUACUGGAAACUGCAAUAGGAGCAUUGUGGAAUAUGUUGGAGGCCUACAAUCAAAGUGGAGGGGCACGGGGAGACCAGCAGCAGCUGCAUCGGUAGCAUGGCAGAAGUAUCGGUGCCGCAGAGUCCGCGACAUCUCCAUAAGCGUCGGCGACUGUCACAACUACUGGACAAGCUUGCUGUACAGCUGCGGAACAAUAAUCACUAUCCAUCGUCGCGCUGGCUCAUGGUUGACUCUCCAUAUUACGAGCCCAGCAAGGCGCCAGAGGAAGAGUUGCCUUUGGACCUCUCCGUAAAGGCGGAACCGACUAAGGCACCUCAGGAAAUUGAGCAACCCGCAUACGCAUGUGCAACAUGUGGUCAAACCUUUACGGUCCACGAUCGCCUUGCCAAACAUGUAGCGUCGAGACACAGAAAUCGCACACCAGAAGCUACUAGGGCUUAUGAAUGUGAAAUAUGUCGUAGAAGAUUCGCCCGUUCUGAUAUGCUGACAAGACACGCUCGCUUGCACAGCGGCGUUAAGCCUUAUUCAUGUUCAGCUUGUGGUCAAGUGUUCUCACGCUCAGAUCAUUUGGCGACUCACCAGCGGACGCAUACGGGCGAGAAGCCAUAUCGCUGUCCGUCUUGCCCAUAUGCCGCCUGCCGCCGAGAUAUGAUCACGAGGCAUAUGAGAACGCACACUAGACGACCACAACCAGCUUGAAAAGAAAUUACCUAAACAUUGUCCACACAAUGUACGGAUAGGUGUAUAGCAAUGCCAGUAAAGGCUCAAGAGUGCAUUUUUAUUUAAGAGUAUAUAAGGUUAGUUGUUUAUAUCGAUGGUUUUAUAUGUAAAGACUGAAUUAAUUAUUUUCUUAUUUCCUAUAAAAAUUACUACUAUAAAUAUGCAUGUACUUUGUUAUCAUAGGGCCAAGGAGAAUUUCUGUGGGAUGUUGCUUUUCUCAGGUAAGAUGACAUAUCACAUUGCACAUGCUAAGUUAAAGUAAUAAGUUAUUGGUGUUUCUUUUAUUUGCCGAUUAGCGAAUUUGUU